CUUCUUUGCAGUCAGGACAGUUCAAUGAAGACAUGAUCCCAACAGUGGGCUUUAAUAUGAGGAAGAUCACCAAGGGGAACGUUACCAUAAAGCUCUGGGACAUUGGUGGCCAGCCUCGUUUUCGCAGCAUGUGGGAGCGAUACUGCCGUGGAGUGAGUGCCAUCGUGUACAUGGUGGAUGCUGCUGACCAGGAGAAGAUAGAGGCCUCAAAGAAUGAACUUCACAACCUGCUCGACAAACCACAGCUCCAGGGCAUCCCGGUCCUAGUCCUUGGGAACAAGCGAGACCUCCCUGGUGCCUUGGAUGAGAAGGAGCUCAUUGAGAAGAUGAACCUGUCUGCCAUCCAGGACCGAGAGAUUUGUUGCUACUCUAUCUCCUGCAAAGAAAAGGACAAUAUUGACAUCACCCUACAGUGGCUUAUUCAGCACUCGAAGUCUAGGAGAAGCUGAGAUCCUGCGGACCACAGCUCUUAUUGGAAAGAUGCCAUUGUACAAGCCCAUGCCCCCUUCUUUCUCCUGCUCUGUCCCUUCAGCUCUCUCUCUAGAUGGGUAUUUUUAGGGGACCCCAGACUCCACUCGUGAUGACGUGGAGCCCUUGUUUUUAUUGUAAAGAAAAUGUCCAACUCUGCUCUCCUCUCCUUUCCUCUCCUCUCUCUGUCUCCCUCCCAUUUUGGCACUGUUCUGUUGUUGUCUGUGUAUACAGUAUAUAUAUAUAUGUAUAUAUAUUUUAAUUUUUUAAUUUAAGCGAUAGCGCUGUUACUAAACUGGGCCCUACGAGCUGUAGGAAAGCUGUGGGUGCCCCGAGGACAGUCAAGGGU